AUGAAAGUGAUCGUUGCUGUUUUUCUAUUCAUUCUGAUUGUCUAUCAGGCCAUUGGCCAGGGUUCAAAUGAGCUCCCUCGUCGUGGUAUUUGUGGGGAUGAUGUCACAAGGCAACGCAUCCUGACGGGCAAUGAUCAGUUGGUUGCCAUUGAGUUUCCCUGGUUGGCAUUGUUGCAGCUCCGUCCCUUAAAUGGAGGUGAUCUGGUACCUGUGUGUUCGGGAUCGCUGAUCAAUCAACGAUACGUUUUAACAGCAGCCCAUUGUGUGAUGCGGUCUGAGAUCGGAACACGAUAUAGAUACUCUGACAAUAUUGCCCUAAUCCGUUUGAAGAGUGAUGUUAUCUAUUCGGAGAAUAUUAAGCCUAUUUGUCUGCCCUCGAAUGGGGGCCAAACAAGACUGCAUAACACCUAUUUUUUAACCACGGCAGGAUGGGGACUCACUCUAAAUAACAGCCGUGGUACCACCAAGCAGAAAGCGCUGGCCUCCUUUUGGGAUGUCGACCGGUGUCCUUCAAUAUACUUAAAGAUAAACUUCGUCGUGCAUCCACUUGCAAUUUGCGCCCAAGGUCAUAACAUGAGUGCCGGCUGUAUCGUGGAUGGCGGAGGACCUCUGAUGGCAUUCCAUCACGGUGUUUGGGUUCUGCAUGGAAUUAUGUCCUAUGGUGUGCGUGUGUGCGUUACGAUGAAUUGGCCUGAUGUCUUCACGAACGUUGGUGAAUAUGACCAGUGGAUAAUGGAAAAAAUGAGACCGUAG